CACUACUCAUCACCAUCUCUUAACAUUUAAACUAGCUAGAGUUGUGAAGAAUGGCUGCUGUAAAAUUCAUCUUUCUUGCAUUCUUCGCAAUAACUUCAUCUCUUUGCUUUGCUUUUGAUCCAAGUCCUCUACAAGACUUCUGUGUCGCUGAUCUUACUUCUCAAGUGUUGGUGAAUGGGUUUGUGUGCAAAAACCCUGCAACAGUCACGCCUGAGGAUUUCUUUCUCUCGGGCUUCAACGAGGUUGCUGACACAAUGAAUCCUCUUGGUACUAAUAUAACCACAGCAUCAGUAUUUCAACUCCCAGGAUUGAACACUCUUGGUCUUACCUUGGUUCGCAUUGACUAUGCUCCUGGAGGAGUUAACCCUCCUCAUACUCAUCCUCGUGCUACCGAAAUCAUUGUUGUUCUUGAAGGCACUAUUUACGCCGGUUUUGUCUCUUCUAGUCCCAACGAUACACUCUACUCGAAGGUUUUAUCUGCCGGUGAUGUUUUCGUAUUCCCUCAAGGUCUUACACACUUCAAUAUGAAUUAUGGGCAUUCAAAUGCAGUUGCAUUGGUAGCGUUCAACAGCCAAAAUCCUGGUGCCAUCAUAGAUGCUAAUAAUCUGUUUGGAGCAACACCUCCAAUUAAUGAUUAUCUUCUUGCCAAGUCAUUCCAGUUGAGCAAGGAAACCAUCAACGAACUUCAAGCUAAGACUUGGCCUAAUCCUGCUGUAAAAGCUAAUAAUGUGUUUGGAGUUGACAUACUCUAAGCUAAGCCUUGGUCUUCCAAUUAAUACCACCAUCUCAAGUUCAUAAGCUAUAUAUAUAUAUAUAUAUAUAUACAUGUAUGUAUACUACUCUAUGUUGUAUUGCAAAUAAGCAGACGUGUGUUGCAUGCUUUUGUCAGAGCAUGACUGUUUGCAAGUGUGCUUUGUUUGGUCAGUUGAUAUAAGUAUCUAUUAUUUAUAAUUGAAAGCGAUAUAUUAUUUAUAAAAAGCAAUAUAUUAUUUAUUAAAAA